UCUCCAUCGUUCAGGACCGUUUGUGCCGCUGCUCUCUCUCUUUCUCUGUCUUUCAUUCUCUUGCUCCGCUCCCCCCGUCUUUCUCUCACUCUCUCUCACACACACACACACACACACUGUAGUACAGUCGAGGCUGAGGGGGGGUUAGUGUGUUGUCAGCCAGUGGAGGGAACAUGCAGCAUCCUGGAGGAACAUGCGUGGCGUUACCCAACGUGGACGCCUGUCCCCAGCUGUCCUGCGCCGCCCUCACCUUCAUGUACUUGCAGCAGGGUAACCAGGACACACCGGCACCCCCGGACCCAUCCAUGGCCCAGGCAUACCAAUCAGCCCAGUUUGCCCCUACUCCCCAGAACGGCAUUCCAGCUGAGUUCACAGCUUCACACCCCCAUCCACAUCCACACGCCCAUCCACAUCCACAUCCACAUCCACACCAGCACUCAGCAGCACCACAGGACUACACUGGAGUCCAGGCCUCUGUCAGUGAACAUCCACUCAACAUGUACCAGUCCUCGCAGAGCCACAGUGAACCAGGCGGCUCAGACUCCGGCAGUCAGAUAGUCACCGGCACAGCCACACAGACAGAUGACGCCGCGCAGACAGACAGUCAGCCGACAACACAGACUGCACCUGAAAGCACAGACAGCAAGGCCCAGCCCAAAAGACUUCACGUCUCCAACAUCCCCUUCAGGUUCAGAGACCCAGACCUCAGGCAAAUGUUUGGCCAAUUUGGCAAAAUCUUAGAUGUGGAAAUCAUCUUCAACGAGCGUGGUUCAAAGGGUUUUGGAUUCGUAACAUUCGAGCACAGUGUGGACGCCGACAGGGCCAGAGAGAAAUUACACGGCACCGUGGUAGAAGGUCGUAAAAUAGAGGUCAACAAUGCAACAGCCCGAGUAAUGACAAAUAAGAAGACAGUCAACCCUUAUGCAAAUGGCUGGAAGUUAAAUCCAGUGGUCAGUGCUGUCUACAGCCCAGAAUUCUAUGCAGUACCAGGUUUUCCCUACCCAGCAGCCAGUGCAGCAGCAGCAGCAGCAGCAGCAGCAGCAGCGUACAGAGGAGCCCACCUACGGGGUCGAGGACGGACCGUGUACAACACAUUUAGAGCGGCUGCUCCUUCUCCUCACCUCCCAGCUUAUGGAGGUGUUGUUUACCAGGAUGGAUUUUAUGGUGCAGAUAUUUAUGGUGGUUACGCUGCCUACAGAUACACCCAGCCUACUGCUGCCACAGCUGCUGCCUACAGCGACAGUUAUGGACGAGUAUAUGCUGCUGACCCCUACAACCACACACUCACUCCAGCAGCCACAUACAGCGUUGGUGCCAUGAACGCCUUCACCCCACUGACAGAUGCCAAAACUCGGAGUCACGCUGACGACGUAGGGCUGGUGCUGUCCUCUCUCCAGGCCAGUAUAUACCGAGGAGGCUACAGUCGCUUCGCACCCUACUAGAGAACAGACCUCCGCCCUAUAACCAACCUUCCAACGGGAGAGACAUAAAGUGUGUGUGUGUGUGUGUGUGUGUGUGUGUGUGUGUGUGAGCGAGUGAGAGAGGACAGGAACUAUCACAGGAGAUAUGUUACUAAGGCCUGGGUAUUGCAAUACAUGCAGUUUGUGCAUCAUUUCAGCAUCUCCUAAGAGAGAGGUACAAAAAAAAAAGAAUAAUAAGAAUUUAAUGACAGCUGAUAUUUUUCAUCUUAUACCUCAGAUAUUUUGUGCUGUGUAUUUUGAUAUUGUGGGUUUUUAAUUUCUAAAGAUUUAAGCAUAGAUUAUUAGCUGUAGAGGUUGUUUUUUUUUUGUGAGAGCUGCUAGAGUAAAGAUUAGGACCCUGAAGGGAUAUUUAUCAGAUUUGUAUAGAACACCAAACCUGUAGAAUAUGACAGAGUGUUUUAAUGACUAUGAGAGUCAAGUUGUACUUGUUUUACUUCUCUCAUCUUCAUUUGUCACUUUAUUUAGUAAUGAUAGAUUUCUUUUAAUUUACCUUGGUUUGAGAGGAAGUUGAAACAAGUUGAGUUGUUAAAGUGAAUAUUCUGAGGGCAUGACGGGCAAAUUAGAGGAGCUGCGAUCUCCAGAAUUUACCACAACUACGUGAACUCAAAUGAUGUUAGCCUUUGUAACGUCUGAGUGGAGGAUGACGAUAACCAUUAUCCUGGUUAUGAAUGUGGAGACUUAGGUACAAAAAGCACCUGGUUGGUGCUCAAAUAUCCCAUGAGAACUUCUUGUUUGCUUGAGAAAACACUGUCAAUUCCAUAAAGCCACAUGGGCCUGUCCUCGCAACACUGUAGAAUCCAUAAUUGUUCUGCACAAAAACAUUGCAUUGCUGGAUAAAUCCAUACUGGGAUGUCUUCACAACACAGUAGCAUCCAUAUUAACAGUGCAUUACACUGUAAAUACAGCAAAUACUUUCCCAAGUUCCCAAAAUGUGACAUUCAAGCAUUUUUUUUCUCUUCACAAUAUACAAAUUAAAAAAAUCUUAUCAUGAUAUACUUGUGAUAUACAAGUCAAAUUAGUAUUUCUGUAGGGCUGGACGAUAUGGCUUAUAAAUGAUAUCUUGAUAUUUUUUAAAAAGCUGCACAGGUUUCAUUUUGAGAUGUUUGUGGUUCUCAAAGGAGAGUAAUUGCCUAUAAUUAAAUAUGGUCGCAUUCUAUAAAAAAUUAAAUAAAUACAUAAUUAGGCUUAAAAUGAAGUACAUAUUUAAUUGCAUAAUAUUUAGUAUCCAAAAUCUAAGUCUCAUGUCACCAUAUCAAUAAAAUGUUGAACACAUAA